CAAUUUGAACUGCACGGUCACCAAUGCCUACGGCUCCUUCACGGACCGUAGCAUCUGCCACGCCGCCAACAUCAUCUAACCCGCGCACCGAGCUGGAGCUCGUGGCAGCCGUGGCGGCCGCGGCCAUUGCGAAACGCAAGCUGAAGGUGGCCACCAAGCACUCUCACAGCAUCCCCAAGCUGUCGUGCCCCGGUGGCCGCCACGGCACAAUCAUAAGCACCGCACGGCUGAACCAGAUGGUGCACAUUGACACCGCGAAUCGGCUCAUCACGGUGGAGAGCGGCAUGAUCCUCCGGGACCUCAUCGAGGCCGCCGCAGCGGCGGGGCUCGCUCUUCCGAACUCACCCUACUGGUACGGUCUCUCCAUCGGCGGACUCCUUGCGACGGGCGCACACGGGAGCUCGCUGUGGGGCAAGGGAGGCGCCGUGCACGAGUACGUGGUCGGGCUGAGGAUCGUGACGCCGGCGCCUGCGAGCAAGGGUUUCGCCGUGGUGAGGGAGCUGGGCGCCGAUCACCCGGACCUGGACGACGCCGCCAAGGUCUCUCUUGGGGUCCUCGGCGUCAUCUCCCAGGUAACCCGCGGAUAUCGUACCCGUAUGAGCAGGGUAUGA